AACGUUGCUUCUACUGCACUAGCUACUCGUUUCCAGAAACUCCACAGCUAGGAUGGUGACACGUACGCAAGGAUUUUACAAAGAUAUCCUGUAUCUACUGAUUGUGAACUUUGUUGCUGUGGGCAUCAAUGCAAUACCAGUUCCUAAAAACAGACACAUACUGACAUGCGAGCAAUCUAAGUACCUUUGUGAAGGACCGGGCAAUAUUAUGGAACAAACUAUUGCAAAAGGAAAAGAACUGAACAGUUCAGCACAGAGUCUUCUUUCUGAAUAUAUUACUAACCAGGGACCAUCUUUUGAUAACAGAUUUUGCAAACCUAAAUUAGAAGAUUAUCCUUCAGUUGGAAAAAAUAUAUCUACAACAGAAGAACUCACCAGUCUUUAUCAAGGUCUGAUGUAUAUCAAUGCAUCAUUGUACAAUAUAUUGAAAAACCAGAAGGAUCUAAGCCCAACUGCAACUAGUUUGCAUGGAAAACUUUUUAACACCACUGCUAAUGUACGAGUUCUUUUAUCUCACAUUGGAUGUAUGCUGUGCUCCAAGCACAAUUUCACAAGCAUUUCUAUGCCCAUUCAGACAGGCAUUUUCGCUUCAACAGCUUUUGAGCAGAAGACAAGAGGAUGUGCAAUACUACAGAAGUAUGCAGAACUUAUUUCAGAUUGGCCUAAGCUGUUUAGUACCAGAUAAAUUGGGGUUCGGUUAAAACAAUGCAUACACUCUACACAAAAACUGGCAUCAGUGAACAUUUAAGAUAUACCACAGUGUGAUUCACAAAAGGAAAAAAAAGAUGCUGCUACAGUUAAGAACCGCAAAGCCAUUGAAACUGUGUAGUACUAAAAAAAUAGCAUCACUGGCUCUCAAGGCUGAGCAUGUGCUUGUAAUGCUGAAAUAUUAGAAGGUUGUAAGUUUUAGCCUGCUGGCAAAGACAGUGUACCUAUGUGGGCAGCUGAUGGUUCAACACUUACUUGUGACCUGGACUGUUGAAAAGCCAGCUAAAGGAAUAGGCCUGAGUAUCCCUAGGUCAGCCUGAUUUCUCAGAGGGAGAGUGAAGUGCUCUGCAAUACAGGCACAGAAAUGUGUAGGCAAGUGCUCUUACGUAAUUGUACGUCAAUAUCCCAAAGAAUAGUAGGAUUACAUAAUGAAAAAGAAGUCAUAGUUGCCACCCAUCAAGAUGGAGCAGAAUGACUUCAUCUUUGUAUGCUAAGAGUUGAUUGACUACCAGGGUAGCCAGUUAAGCUUUCUUCCAUUGAGAGGCACCUACAUGAUGAAGAAUCACAACUUGGUCCACUUUAUUGAAGGAUGACAGCUAAAGAGAAUAUAUAGGUUAAUUAAGAGAGAUCUGAUAUCAGUGGCAGAAGUGGCAAUGAAAAAGAGGGAAUGUUUGGAAUAUUGCAGCACUGCUGCACAAAAGAUAUAUCUGGAUUCUAGUCUCACUGCCUGCAUAUAUAGUAAUACUCCACUAUUGAUAUUAACAUUCAGUUUGGAGUAGGGACAGAUAAUGCACUGCUGAUAUGCCAUGGAAUGAAUGCCAAAGGGAACUACAAGAGGUUUACAAGGGCAACAUCUGUUCUCUUAUAAGAACAGAAGAGAAAGAGGAGUCACGAUAUGAUGAUAUGUGUAGACUACACAGACAGUUAAGUGACAGUAUGUUGGCAUACAGUUCAAUAGUAAAAAUAGAAGAAGGAAGGGAGGGUGGCAAACCUACUAGAUUAAAGGUGCAAAAUUCAACCUAGACAAGGUAACACCAGUGGAAAAUGCAACAGGUUGUCUGAACAGGUACUAGCUUGUAAGAAUACAAGAGUUUUUUAAGAAGGUAUGGAAUAGGGAUGGGUUAAGAAGAGGAGUAGAGAAGGGCUACUGAAAGAUUGUGGCUAAAAUAAUAUAGGGAACUAGCUGGACAACUUGUUGUGCUAUCCCAGCUAUCUAAUAUGUCUACCUAAAAUGCUGUCAGAAAUGACAGAAAGAACCUUUGUGCAAAACCUCAUCCUAGAGUUAGUAAGCCCCACAUUCUUACUACUACACAGUGGCAGUAUAUGAGUACAAAAUGCAUAUGAGCACAAAGCCAAGAAGCAGCUGUUGGAAAAUAACCACAACCUUCUGAAUUUGCAGUAUAAAACACAAGUAUAUUGAUCAGAUAAGGAACUGUAAGGCACUUAGCUGUUUCAGAAAAUGUUUUAGGAGGCUGCUUCACCACUGCAGAAGUAGGACUAUUAUUUUCCAUGGAACACGGGGGACAUAUUAAGUAAAUUACACAAGGGAAAUGUGCUUGGAAGCAUCUUUUAACAUCACUUUGUGAAUCACACUUUUUGUAUGAUGCAUUGCCUAAGUGCAGUUUCACCUCAUCAAAUCUCCAAAUCCUAAACAGCAUUUUAAAUUCUUUCCAUUGUUGAUAUUACGGUAACUGGAUUCUGUUUCAAAGGGUCUAAAUUACUUCUAUGCUCAUGAAACAUCACAAUCAAGUGUAUGUAGAAGGUGGCUUUUAACCAGUAGCAAGACAUUAAUUGGUUAACUGUCAUGAGCUACCUAAUUAUUUAACAAGCUCAGGUCCUGGUACUUUAGUGGGCUUAAUUUUAAUGCAACUCUUAAAUUACAUUCUACAGGUAUGAUCUUAAUGAAAAGCAAGAUCAUAUUGAAACAGGUAAUAAUAAUGCAGUUCACCAAAAAGUGUAAGUAGUGUAAAAUAUAUUAUUUAAUGGCAGCCCAUUUAGUAAUUUGUUUCUAGCAUGUAACCAUUCUCAUAACUUACAAAUUGGAUAGCAAACAACUUCCUCAGUGAUGAUGAAUGCUUACAUUUGACAAGAGGUAAACUUAGGCUUUUCCAAUUCUUUUACUUAUACUUUGUGUUGUAGAUACCAUUGUCUCUAAAUUUAAUAUAUUUUUUCUUAGUAUAUGGAUUUAUUAGCCCUUAACUAAAUGACAUGAUACAGCUGCAGGUAAUAUAAAAUCUGUAAAUGUUUUGUAUUUAUUUAUUUAUUUUAUUUAUUUAUUUAUUUCUAACAGAUGUUAAACAGGGUUUUUUUACCUUCAGGAGUGCACAAUUAUUAAAGCUGUCAUACUUCUCUAAAUGUUUUAUACCAUAGUCACUACUGUUAUUUAAAUAUAUUAUUUAUCUACUGUAUUUAUUAUUUAUUAAUAUUGUUUUAAAUGGUUAAACAAGGGGAGUUGUGCCUAAAGUCAAUAAUGCAUUGCUGUAUAUUGCUUAAAUUACAUCAUUUACAGCAACUGAAGAAAUUCAAAAAUAUUUUUACCCCCAAAGCAUAAGAAGCUACUCAUACUAAAUAAUAUUUUUGUUCAAAUGUUAAAUACAAAGAGAAAUUGAAGGAACAAGCACAGACAAUCUGUCAAGGUCUGUAUCAUUCUGGAAAAUGUCAAUGUUAGACAUUAAUAUUCUUAAACCAUGAAGGCAGAAGCAGAGUUACCACACGCAGCAUGACUGGUGCAUGGUAAAGGAUAAGACAAGGGGACUGAGCUAAGUAGAUAGCGAAUCUCUGUGCACCCCAUUCCUACCUUGUGCUGUAACUAUUUUGUCUGUGUCAUUAUAGGCGAGAGGGUGUCAAAUUAGAGAAAACAUAAACAUGGUGUUAUCAUACUGAUGUGAAAAUAUUUGCCAACAAUUGUUUUGGCAAAAAUAAAACGUAUUACUACCAAUAGAAUGACAGUAAUUUAACAAUAUACGCAAAAAAAAUAAAUGCAAACUAAAUUGCAAAUGCACCUAUACAUCCAUCAUAAUAACUGUCCUAUCUCCUUAAACAUCUUUAAAUUAUUUAUCAGUUAAUUACUUAACAAGUGGUAAACUCACUCACAUGUAAUGGGUAAAUAUGCAUUUACAGCUGCUUCUGUAUUCAAAGGAGUAAUGUUAUUUCCAAGAGAAAUCGUCAGCUAGAGAAGUAGUACUGAAUGAUUACAGGCUGUCUCAGCUUACAUAAAGGAGAGAUCACAGAGGUUUUAGGUGCAACAACACUCACAGUAGUAGGUGAGACACUAGUUUGUAAUACAUAAUGCAAAGGAAUGCCUAUAAACAAGCAACCAACAGGACAUAGAAUAAUGAGGCAUAUGCCUUCCAUUAAUGUAUGUCACGCUCUGUGGUAGCAUUGUCGCCUCACAGUAAGAUGCUGUCCGGUUCUACUGUCAGCUUGAGCAUCUUCUGCAUGGAGA